AUGAAGGUCGAAGGUCGAACAUUCAUCAUCACUGGCGGUUGUGGAGGUAUUGGAGGUACUGUAGCGAAAUCCAUCAUCGCGAAGGGAGGAUACGUAGUGUCCUUCGAUAUCCUUGACGAUGAGGCCGGUCAAGCCAAAGUUAAAUCGUAUCACCCAGAAAGAGCAUUCUACUUCAAUUGUAACAUCGCCGACCUCGAAUCUGUGGUGGCCGCCACCGAACAAACUCUCAAAGUCAUUCCCAAGGGUUCCCUCUUCGGUGCCGUCCAUUGUGCCGCUAUUGCUCCCGGAAGAAAGUGGAACAACAAGCUGGUAGAUAGUGUUGCUACAUUCUCCAAAGUACUCCAAGUCAACGUUUACGGAACUUUCGCCGUUAAUGCAGCCAUUGCCGAUGCUAUCAACUCCCAAUAUCCAGACGAGGGUCCAUUCGCCCCCCGAGUCACAGAAGAGAGAGGUUGUAUUGUCAACGUCGCUUCUGUCGUCGCUCAACCUGUUCCAGCUCGUUGUCUCACCUACGGUGCUUCUAAAACUGCUGUUCUUGGUAUCACACAAGGUAUGGCCGACUUCCUUGGUCCUUCUGGUAUCCGAGUCAACUCUGUCUCCCCGGCUGUGGUAGCCUCUGGCUUGAUGAGCGCAGACCGAAUUCCUUACUUCACCUCCGAGCUUGAGGCAGGUGUCAUUUUCCCCCGAAGAGUGACGCAUCCCGAUGAAAUCUCGGAUGCGAUUCUGUUUUUGAUCGAAAAUUCCAUGAUGAACGACUUCAACAUCCGGGUCGAUGGCGGAUGGAGAGGCAGCAGUAACUGGGCUGGCCCCGUUGAUCCCCGAAAGAACGCUUUGUCUCUGGAGUAA